AUGGUUUCAACAAGAGGGGAUAUGUACAAAUUUGGAAUUGUAGUGAUAGAAACAUUUAUAAGAAGGAAGCCAACAUAUGAGAUGUUUGUUGGGGAAAUGAAUUCUAAGCAAUGGAUUGCAAACUCACUAUUACCAGAUGCAAUGACAGAUGAAGUUGUGGAUGCCAAUUUGCUUGAGAUUGGGACAGAGCAGGAAGAUGAUGAUCAAUGUGUGUCGCCAAGGUGGAGUACGAAGAGCUUGGAUCUGCUCAAUGUCGCAGGAGAUUCUUUUAAUCUGCAGGUGUGGGAUGCAGUCACUGGACUACAAAUUAAAGUGAUCUAA